AUAGUACAUUGACCCGUGACGUUGCAUCUGUAACAGAGCUCCACGGAUAUGUAACGUCAGUCACAGGUACAGACCAAGAUGGCGCGCCUACUCCUGCCCCUGUUGGCCCUGGCUGCUAUUUUCGGCUGCAGUCUUGCUGUCCGAGACAACAAGGGUACCGAGUUCAUCUUGACAUUCCCGGAAAAUUUCCAGAGGGACUUAAACCAACCCAAACUGUUCAUCACCACCCAGUCUCUGGCCGGGGCCAGCGUCACCAUCACACUCCCUGCUAACGGCUUCCAGACCGGCGUGCAGGCGACUUAUGGGGCGGUGACACAGGUGGACUUGGACCGUGCGGCCUCGGAGCUUCGCGGCAGUCAGAAGAGCGACAAGGCCGUUCACAUCACGUCCGAUGUGGAGAUCGUGGUGUACGGAGUGUUCGCCGAGAGAGCCUCGUCUGACGCCUACCUGGCCCUGCCCACCGACGUGCUGGGGAUGGAGUACUACGUGCCCUGUACAACUAUCGUGCGCAACUGGAACGAAGAGGGCUUGGUGGACAUUCCGUCUGAGUUCGGAGUCGCCGGUGUCCGUGACGGGACGACCGUCACCAUUACUCCCACCCAGGCCGUGACGUUCGACGGACAAAACUACGCCGCGGGACAGGCGUUCACUGUCCAACUCAACCGGUUUGAAACACUCCAGGUCCAGGCUACAGAGGACCUGACGGGCUCCAGGAUCACGGCUAACCAGCCUGUGGCCGUGCUGAGCGGAAACCUGUUCGCCGUGGUGGGGAACGGUCAGCAGGGGACGGGAGACCACGUGGUAGAGAUGAUCCCUCCCGUGGACACCUGGGGGAAGGAGUUCGUCACCGUCCCGCUGAAGAAACACACUGGUGGCGACCUGUUCCGCGUGGUGGCCGCCAGAGACAACACGCAGGUCGAUGUGACCAAUGAGAACAUGAAGACCCUGAACGCUGGUGACUACUGGGAGUUUGAUGUCCCCUCGAACGAGUACAGGCACGUGACGUCUAGCGAGCCUGUGUUGUUGGUUCAGUACAGUAAGACUGGAAGUGUCGACAGCACGGCAACCGACCCGUUCAUGAUGUUCAUCCCGCCCGUGGCGCAGUUUGAGUCAGAGUACACCUUCGCCACAGUGGACCUUAUUGCCGAUCCCUCCGCGUCAACUCACCAUGUCAACCUCGUCAUCAGGUCAGCUGACAAAGCUGGUCUCCGAUUGGAUGGAGCAUUGUUGCCUGGCAACACUGUGUGGCAGCCCGUCCCUGGGACCAACUACGAGGCAACACGACUGACCAUCUCUGGGGGCACCCACAGAGUUGUUCACAUCUCUCCCAUCGCCACCUUCGGUCUCUUCAGCUAUGGGUACACGCAGCCGGAGUCUUACGGCUACCCGGGCGGACUCAGGCUGGCUCAGAUCGCCGUGUUCUGCAGCGUCACCAACCCUGUCGCCAACGACCGCGUGGAUAACGACUGUGACGGACGUGUGGACGAGGAGCUGCUGAACGGCGCCGAUGACGAUGGCGAUGGACUGAUCGACGAGGAUCUGGCCAGUGGAACCUGCUAUGACGACAGGGAACAGUACAAGACCUGUGUGGAACAGGAAGUCCAGAACUGUAAGAACCAGGUUCUGAACAGCCUGGGAUUGUCUAGGAGGUCCAAGAGGGAAGCCAAGUCAGCUUUGGAGUAUGAAACACCGAUCAGGUACUCCUAUGGAAACCUGGUGGCCGCUGUUGGUGUAAUGGCCUGUGGAUCCAUCAUGGUCGUUGCUAUGGCAACCAUCUACCUGAAAGAGAAGCGUCGUCUGCAGUGAGAGCCAUGAGACGCGCCAGGCGACAGCACGCCCUGUGCGGGAACAACCUCACAUUAUCACACAUGAUCGUAUAUGACAUUGUUUAACAGUGCUUUAGAUGAAUGAAGAUGUACUUGAUUUACCAUAUGUUGCAUAUGUAUUGUGAAGGAAGUAAUUAAAGACAUACCCACGUGUCAUGACUAAAACCGUUUGAACUUGACCGGGGUCUAAACAAUCUAAAGGUUAACAUCAUGCUGGCUGAGCCUUAGCCGCGGCGACUCUUGGAAGGGCGUCUUUUUCUUAUAUAUAGUCUUUUGCUUGUAACUGAACCUUUGUGUGGGCAAAGCAGAAGGUUACAUUGAAGGACGCCCUCCAAGAGUCAACACGGCAAGUUGAGCCCUGCCCUGGGUUGAUACUUAACAUGCAAGCAAUGCUGGCUUGUGCACAUGAUGUCAUGAAGACAACUUACUAUCACGCCUUCACAUGUGCAGCCUUGAAUCACAAUAUCAAGACCGUUAAGUGAUCGUCGUCAUGACGAAUGCAACAACUGGUUAUGGAAUUUUAUCAAGAUUAAAACAUAAUAGUCUCAGAAUCGUUUUUCUGGAUAAUAAUCCAGUACAGAGAUUGAUGCACUGGAACACGAAUAAAACUGAAUUGUGUUAAACCGAA